AAAAACCCUAAUAACCAGAACUGAAAAACCCUCUUUUCUUCUGCUUGCUCCUUCUCCAACUCGUUUCAUCGCCAUCGAACGCAGAGAAACCCGCCAUCGCGAGUUCCAAGUUUUUUGCUGAAGCUAGAAGAGUAGUAUAAUGGGGAAGAAGAGAAAGCAUAGUGAGACUGCAGCUGUGGCAGUUCCCAAAAAGGAUGAAGCUGCUCCAGAGAGACCAGCAAGGACCCUUUUGGGUUGGAAGGAUAAGAGUGAAGUCAACGGUGAUGAUUCUCAAGUCAAGGAUGUUGAACUUGAUGAUUCGCCUAUAUUCAGGAACAAAGAGAAGGUUUUGGUCACUUGCUCUAGGCGUAUCAAUUUCAGGUACCGGCACUUGAUGUUGAAUGUGGUCUCGCUUUUGCCUCAUUGUAAGAAGGACAACAAGGUUGAAUCGAAGGAAUCUAAAGGGGCCACAUUGAAUGAGCUCGUUGAGCUCAAAAAUUGUUCCUCUUGUUUGUUUUUUGAGUGCAGGAAGGGAAAAGAUCUUUAUCUCUGGAUGGCAAAAUGCCCCAAUGGUCCGUCUGUGAAAUUUUUAGUUAGCGCUGUGCACACAAUGGAGGAAUUGAAAUUAACUGGAAAUCACCUAAAAGGUUCCCGCCCAAUUUUGACAUUUUCAACAAAUUUUGAAAAAGAUGCACAUUGGAGACUCUUAAAGGAGAUGUUAUUACAGAUAUUUGAAACUCCAAAAGACCACAGAAAAGCUAAACCUUUCCAUGAUCACGUGUUUGUUUUCUCAAUAGCUGAUGACCAUAUCUGGUUUCGGAACUACCAGAUCGAUGUUCCUCACAAUGAGACAGACAAAUUACCCCGAGGAGGCCUCGAACAAAUGAAUUUGGUUGAGGUUGGCCCGCGGUUCUGCUUGAACCCAAUUAAGAUAUUUGGUGGCAGUUUUGGAGGGCCAACAUUAUAUGCGAAUCCAUUCUACGUGUCACCAAAUCAGGUUCGAGCAUUGGAGAAACGGAAGAAGUCUGGGAAAUAUGCAAAGAAGAUCAAGGCAAAGACAAGGAGGAAAAUGCAUGAGAUGUCUAAUCCUCUGGAGCCCGAUGAGUUUGCAGAUAUGUGGAAAGAGUGAAAUUUUGGGAAAGUUCAUGUUACCUCCCCUUCAUCCAAGCAUGAAAUGCCAAUUUUGAGUAAAAUCUGUUUCUGUUUACCAUCACAUUAUAAUCUAAAAACAUAGGUUGGUGCCUUUUUGGUUCUGUAAUUUUCAUGCCCUAAAAUUCUUAUGGUUACUGCUUAUUAAGCAUCCUUAGAUAGAUAUAUUUAUGUCAUGUAAUUCACUAAUUCUUAUGUAAGAUUUUGGUUUGAUGGAAAAUAACACUUUCGGUCA